AAGGUCGCGAGGAGUCCUGACUGGGAGGCGCCGCUUCCACUGCCACUGCCACUGCCACCCCUUCUGCCUCCAUCACUCCGUGAAGGUUCCGGAAUAGCGGAGCGUGGGGAAUUGGAGGCUGACCCCUUGAGGCUGCCGGUGGAGCAGGAUCACUCGCAGGGACCCGCAAGGUUCCGGGGCUGAGAACCGAGGCUGCCCGGGGCAGUGGCUCGCCCAGCCGUCUUAGGGUAAAUCGGGCUGAAGAAGGGGCAGAAGGGUUAGAAGGCGCAGGGAGGCCAUCUAGUACCAAGCAAGUGACGGCCCUGCGAGGCGGUUUUGCCGACUGCGCUUUCCGACCCAGGACUCCUCUUUCCAGACGGAAACUCGGAAACUCGGCUACGGCUUCAGGCGGACCCGGGAUGGGCUCGCUGGUCCCGGCGGGCAUGGCUGUCGCGGAGGAGGCGGCGGCGGUGGCAGGCUUCCCGAGUGGCUUUCUGUGGCCGCUCCUGGUUCUGUGGUGCUGGGUGCCCACCACAGAUUUGAUAGUGGAGAUGGAAGGCAAGAAUCAGACUGUGUUGCUGAAUGACAAUGCCACCAUCCCCUGUGACGUCCCUGGUUCCACACCCCUGAACAUCACGAUUAUGGGUGUUACCUGGUAUCGGAAGCAUCAGGCGUAUGAGCAAAAGGUGUUUGAAAUGUAUGGAGACCCUAAUCCUAAAGAGGUAUCCAGACCCGGAGCCAGCGUGUCUCGAGAGGCGCUAGAGAAAGGGGACGCCUCACUGCACCUUCCUGGAGUCCAGCUGUCGGACGCAGGAGAGUACCGAUGUAAGGUGGUGGUCACCCCCUAUGAGGUCCAGGCAACAGUCUUUCUAAAGGUUUUGGGUGAGUGCCUGAGGCAGUGUCCUGUGGUUCCCAUGGUGAUGGGGCUGGGGGUAGAGAUGUGGCCCCGCCAAGUAGAGAAGUUUGGGCACGGGCCUUGGAGUUGGAUAGACACGGGUUUAUGUCUGGACAACUUAGAGCGAAUUAUUAACCAGGCUGAACCUCAGUGUCCUUUUCUCUAAAUAGAUGCAAUAGUACCUCUAUAAGGACCCUGUCUCCAGCCCUAGCCGGUUUGGCUCAGUGGAUAGAGCGUCGGCCUGCAUACCAACGGGUCCUAGUUUAAAAAAAGACCCUAUCUCCAAAUAAAGUCACAGUCUAAGAGAAUGGGCUUAGGGCUUCAACAUGAAUUUGGGGGUGGGGCCACAAUGCAGCCUAUAACCAGGACAAUGUCUAUGAGCCCUUCAAAAUUGUACUUAAGACUUUGAAUGUUUUGUACAUAUUAAUUAGGGGGAUGGGAAAGCAUAUUAGUAAUUAUUUCCUCCGCAACUGACAGAAAGCCUAAAAAAUUUUUUAAGAAGUAAUAGACUUUAUUUUUUAGAACAGUUUUAGAUUUACAGAAAAUAUUGCAAAGAUAGUAGUUUCUUUAUGACUCCUGCCUGUG